AUUUCUGCGCGACCCUGAGUUUUGGCGGAGCGUUUUCGGGUUGCUCCUGCGAACGAUGCCUAAAGUAGUGUCUCGGUCGGUAGUCUGCUCCGACACCCGGGAUCGGGAGGAGUAUGACGACGGCGAGAAGCCCCUCCACGUCUACUACUGUUUGUGUGGCCAGAUGGUCCUGGUGCUGGACUGUCAGUUAGAGAAAUUGCCCAUGAGGCCCCGGGAUCGAUCCCGUGUGAUUGAUGCUGCCAAACACGCCCACAAGUUUUGUAACACGGAAGACGAGGAGACCAUGUAUCUUCGGAGGCCUGAAGGCAUUGAACGACAGUACAGGAAGAAGUGUGCAAAGUGCGGCCUGCCACUCUUCUAUCAGUCCCAGCCCAAGAACGCCCCCGUGACCUUCAUUGUGGAUGGAGCAGUGGUCAAGUUCGGCCAGGGCUUUGGCAAAACGAACAUCUAUACUCAGAAACAAGAGCCUCCUAAGAAGGUCAUGAUGACCAAACGGACAAAAGACAUGGGCAAGUUCAGCUCCGUCACGGUGUCGACCAUUGAUGAGGAGGAAGAGGAGAUCGAGGCUAGAGAAGUCGCCGACUCCUAUGCACAGAAUGCCAAAGUGAUUGAAAAGCAGCUGGAGCGCAAAGGCAUGAGCAAAAGGCGGCUGCAGGAGCUGGCGGAACUGGAAGCCAAGAAAGCAAAGAUGAAGGGGACCUUGAUUGACAACCAGUUCAAGUGAUCAGGACCCUUCUCUCAACCCAGACCGGAGGCAGGCGUUUAGAGGAGGAGGAAAAAGAACCAUUUCUUGACUCCAUGGGCCACGUUUUUGCCCCAGCAGAAGGCUUGCCAUUGCUUCCCAUCGAUUCCUCCUACUUUUGGUGAGGUCUUUGAGUCCAUCUGACCUGCUUUCUAGAGAUGGGCUUUCUAAAUCUUUCUGUAUAUAGGUCUUCUGUACUAUUUUUUGUCCAUUUGAUAUAAACUUCUUCAGCCGUGUGGAAACUCUAUGAACACAUCAGUGCUCGAAUGUCUCUCGUUUCUAAAGUAGCUAUUCUUAUUCCCUCUUCAAAGUUAAUAAAAUGUUUAUAGAUUUUUGAAAAAA